UGAAGUUUUGUCGGGCGACGGUGGAGUUCGAGUCGAAGACGACGACGGUCCGUCUUUGUGUCUGUCAAAGAGUCGAGCGAAAAAGUUGUGCAAUUUCGAGGAAAUCUUGCGUUUUCCGCACGCGGACAAGACCAACCGAACGGCGUAUUCCAAAGACUAACUUGUCGCCUAUCUCCCCAUUACCGUGAGUUUCUGUUUCUGUCGAUUUCGCGUAAAAUCCAGCGAAAAUCGGGAAAACUUGGAGUCGAGUGAGUGGUGGCCGUGCUCAAGUGACGUCAUGAUGUGUGAGCAAUCAGUGGAAAAUAGCCUGGUCGACGAAGGGGUUCCUAAUUAGUGCGGCUGCAGCGAACCGAACGGGUUAGGGUGAGAAUUGAUUUGUUCCGUGAUCGCACGUAGCGCGGGGCUAAGAAAACAUUCAGUGAAUUCGCGCGGGGUAGCGAAUUGCGUGCUUGCCGCCGCGAGCGAUUGGUUGACAGUGACGGGCCCAAGGCCGCGAUUGCCAGUGCCAAGUUUUGAUUUCCCAGGAAAACAACGAUCUCCUUGGAAAUUCGUCUGUGACAUCAGACAGCCGGGAAAGUGCCCCGAAUCGGGUGAGUGAUUAGCGUCGCGAAAGUAAAGCGCAUCGGGUCAAGGAGUUGCAACAUUGCCCUUCGGCCGUCCCAGUUGUGACCCGGUUUUGUGGCCAGACGGUCGCCAAAUGACAUCUUUUGAAACCUCGGACAGGUCCUUGGAUACGAUGCAGAUGUCGUCAAAUUAGGAAGCACACCAUCUGCCUCGUGAAAGUGAUUGGAUCCUUGCGAAGGGAGUGUUAGUGGGUAACUUCGGCUUCGAUGAAGUUCUAAAGAAAUACAAAAGUCAUAGUGAGUUAGUUGUUUAUCCCUCGGGGGUGCGGCGUACAGACUACCCAGGGUAGCCACGACUAUUGGAUACUAUUCCUCAGACCGGACUCCCAAGACAACCGCUGCUCCCUCCCUGCUACAAUGGGGAGCGUGUGGAAGCGUCUGCAGCGUGUAAACAAGCGAGCGGCCAAGUUCCAGUUCACCGCUUCCUACCACGAGCUACGAGUGGAAACCACAACCAAAUGGCGCCCAACAAGCUUAUCUGUAGUGUGGACACGUCGAUCACGUCGUGUGGCAUCAAUUCCACUCGCGUGGGAACCAGACAUGAUGAAUCCACUGGUUGGUCACAUUGCGUGGCCCGUGCCUGACAAUCAUACCAUAUCAGUUACCCUAUUCAAGGAUCCCAGGACACAUGAGUUAGAGGAUAAGGAUUGGACGUUUGUGAUAGAGGAUAUAUCACUUAUGGGGAAAAAACGUGUCCUAGCCUCAGCAAGCAUAAACAUGAGAAAAUAUGCAAGUAUUGAACCUACGCAACAGAGUUUCAUGCUUUCAUUGAAACCAAUCUCACGAAAGAUAAAAUCUGCGGAUUUAGAACUAACAAUUAGUUGUGUGUUUUUGCGAGAAGGAAAAGCAACUGAUGAAGACAUGCAAAGCGUUGUAUCCCUUAUGUCAGUCAAUAAUAAUUGUGAUGUAGCACCUCUAGAUGAUCUCGAGGAUAUUCCUGAUUUAGAAAGUUCCGGUGAUAUUUCGGAGCACGUUUUAGAUUUUACACAGCAGUUGGAGAUGUUAACAUCAAGCUUGAAUGAUGGUGCUGAUUUGGCAACGCCAAUGAGUGUUCCUUCUCUAUCAGAAGAUCCAACUCCAUUGGCUGAGAACAAUCAUCUCUACUUCGAAAUGGAAUAUGAUCAUCCAGAAAUGGACCUACCUCAGUCUACACCAACGCUGGAAUCAGUCAGUUCUAGGGAAGUUCCUAAACAACACUCAGCAGAAGUACUGUCUUCAACUACAACAUCUUCCUCGACGCAUUCAACGUUUGAAGAGAUUGAGAAAAAGCCUAACAUAAUAUCGCCUCCCGAAGAAAUAGACACAGUUCCCAAAAUAGUGGAUGUCAUACCAAAAGCAAAAGCCAUAAUAGAACCACAAAUGGCCGAUAUUAAAGAAGCUAAAAUCAACCAAACCGCUCACGUGGAGACAACGAAACAAGAAGAAAAGACUCAAACUAAUACGCAUCCAACAGUGGAGCCCCCAAAACAAGUUGAAAUAAUAACAACGCCUCCGGCAGCACCGCCAGAAAUUGUGCAGAAUAGAGAAAAAGUACGUCCUGAAUUGCAGCCCUUAAAUUUAAAGAAGAGUUAUGAUGUGGACAAUAAGAAGCCGAAACCUAUUGAGAAAAUAAAUCUGAAAGAACGAACUCCUGGCCAAGAUUUACUCGAAUGGUGCAAGGAAGUGACAAGGGACUAUCCCAACAUAAAAGUCACCAACUUGACGACAAGCUGGCGUAAUGGAAUGGCAUUCUGUGCAAUCAUUCAUCAUUUUGAACCGAGUUUAAUUGAUAUGACAAAAUUAUCGCCACAUGACGUAGUCGGAAAUUGUCGAAUGGCAUUCGAUGCUGCAGAAUCAUUAGGCAUACCCCGAGUAAUUGAACCCCGUGAUAUGAAUUUGCUUGCCGUUCCCGAUAAGUUGGCUGUCAUGACUUAUUUGCAUCAGCUACGGGCACAUUUUACAGGCAAACAAUUGCAAAUAGAACAAAUUGGUGAAACCUCUGAUGAAACCAGUUACGUUAUCGGCAAUUACAAAUCAGAUUUAUCGGAGAAUAUCCUCAACCUGAAUCAUCUGAAAGCCCAGUUGCAAAGUCUUGAUGAAAUCGGAAAUAACGGUGGAAACCUAUCACCAACUCAAAAGAAGGAUAUGAAAAACUUAAUUUUAGCCAACUCAAAGAAUCUGCUGGUGAAAGUUCUCUCACCAGCUAAAGAUAAAAACUCAACAAACAACUAUAUCCAACAACAACAGUCGAAAUCAGCAAUUUCUACACCAACAGCACAAACAAAUACAACGAAUCAUAGUACAGCGGCAGUAACAACGACAAAUACCAUAAACAAUGGCACCAAUGAAACCAAAGAUAGACCAGUUUUAAUGACUCGACGAGAAUUGACCGAUCCAUUUGGAAGUGACGACGAAGAGGAUAGUGGCAACAAUAAGCGUGAUAGUCAGACUUCAGUAGUUACAGCAAACGAUGUUAAUAAUGGUGAUAAAACUACAACGCCAAGCAUAGACCCAAGCACCACAAACAAGUUACUGCUUAGGCAUAAGGAAAUGAGUGAGAAAGCCAGAGCCAUGAUGGAGAGAUUUAAAAGUAGUACAGUGGAGAACGGGAAAGGUAGCCAAGAUGAUGAACGACAACAACGCUUGCGAGAACAUGCUCGCCGCCUUAUUGCUGAAACGCGGUUGAAAUCAAAUAGUCAAGACAGUCCCACGUCACCGAUUAAACCUAUGUUCCCACAAAAGAUUCCAUUAUCGCCAGAUCGUACUAUUUCACCUAUAAAUAUUGGCGGAGGAGAAGAAUAUCCUUUCAAUUCGUUGAGUGAUAAAGGACCUGCAAUGGGUGGAGGAUCACCGGUAAAACCCUUACUCAUAUCACCAUCUAAGAACCGCGAUAGGAUCACACCACCACGCGAUAUAAACAAAGCCGGGCAUGAUAGCCCUAGUCGAAAGUUUGAAAGGAACGGCAACAGUCCGUUGCAGUCAUUCAAUUCAGUUUUGGAGAGAAUAUCCCCCAAGAAUGAGAAGAAGAGUGGCGAUCAAAUGUCUUACAUCGAGAGCGAACUGGAAGCGCUCGAGCGUGAACAAGAAGCUGUCGAUCUGAAAGCCAGCACUCUGGAAAAAAAAUUACGCGCUGUUAUGGGUGGAAACGCAAAGUCAGAGGAGACAGAAGAACAACUACUAUCACAAUGGUUUACUCUAGUCAACAAAAAGAAUGCUUUACUGCGACGACAAAUGCAGUUGAACAUUUUAGAGCAAGAAAAUGAUCUUGAGCGAAGAUAUGCUUUAUUAAAUCAAGAAUUGCGGGCGGCGCUCUCCGUGGAGGAUUGGCGCAAAUCAGAGGCACAAAGGGAACGUGAAGCGCUACUUUUGGCUGAAUUGGUUUCAAUAGUGAAUAAACGUGAUGAACUUGUUCAGCAUUUACAUAGUCAGGAGAAGGCUAUCGAAGAUGACGAUGAAAUCGAACGUGAAUUGGAGCAUGUUGACAUUAGCUCAAAAGAGAAAUGUACGAUUCAGUGAGCUCAAUCCGAGAGCUGCAGUAAAUAUCUUUCCUAUGACCGGAACAUACAAACUUAUGGUUGCAUAACAGUCAAAUGAAACGGACACAUUUCACUUAAUUCAUUAAAAAGCACAAUAACAACAAUCGACACUUAAUUGAAGACUAAAAAAACAAAUUACUCGUAUAUUGCACUCAUAAGCUGAGUCAAAGUCAACCUUUGUGACUGUUUUAAUCAAUUUACAUCGUGCGUAUGAUGCGGAAGCGUAAACAAGAAAACGUGAAUUUGAAAUCCAUCAAAAAGUAUCUGUUUUGUAUCACAAGAAGAAACAUGACUGGCCUGGUUUCUGCCUUUUGCUACUCAUUGUAUUUGUAUUUAUCAAAUUUCCAUCUCUUUUUUUCCAUAUAUUGAUAUCAAAUUGGACUUUUGACGUGUUUAUAAUCAGAAUUAUAAUAAAAUCGAUCACAAACUGUUAA